AUGGCAGGCAGACGAAAGAUUUACUCAGCCAGGGAAGUCAUCGAGUACAUUUGCCUUCCUGAUGGUGCUUUAUCUGACACAGAAUCCAUUCCAGACGAUAAAAUUGCUGAUCCAGAUUUUGAGGAAUCUCCUGAAGCAUACGAGUCUGACUCCAGAUUUGAUGAUGAUAAGCCACUUGCAGCAAUACCAAAAGCUAAUCUCAACCACCUUGAUGUUGAAAUUCAUAACAUACAUGCAGACAGUGACACUGAGGUCCCAGAUGACAAUGAACCUCAGCCAGGCCCAGCUCCAGUCAACAAAGAGUUUUCUUGGAGGCAGAGGAAACCCCCAGCAGCUGACAUAGACUCUUCAUUCCGAGGACCUGCAUUCUCACCUCCCCCAGACGAAAUACCAAGUCCAAAGUGGUAUUUUGAUCAGUUCAUGGACAAAUCUGUGUUUGAACAUAUUUCUCACCAAUCUAACUUGUAUGCAGUUAUGAAGAAUGGCUCAGAACUGAAAACAACCCCUUCUGAAAUAGAGCAAUUCAUUGGUUUACACAUCUUGAUGACCGUAGUACGUAUGCCAUCGUACCGCAUGUACUGGCAGAUGGCAACCCGCUACGACCCAAUUGCGACAGUCAUGGGACGUAAGCGAUUUGAUAAUCUGCAUACAUACAUCCACAUGAACGACAAUACCAAUGUGAAGCAAAAGGGUGAGCCUGGAUACGAUCCAUUAUUCAAGGUGCGUCCAGUUCUUGAGAAAGUCCGUGCCAACUGUGUCACUGGACUAGUCUAUGACUUUGAAGUAUACACUGGAAAAGGGACCGUGACCAAUGAGCGUGGACUUCGUGUUGCCGGUGAAGUUGUGCUUCGUCUCGUAUCAGAAGUUCCAAAAGGACUAAACUACAAGUGCUUCUUCGACAACUGGUUCACUUCCCCUGAACUCAUUGUGGAACUGAAGAAAAUGGGAAUUCUAACAGUUGCUACCAUCAAUCGUAACCGUCUCCGUGGAUGUACCCUCAAGAGUGACAAGGAACUCUCAAAUGCCGGGCGUGGUGCGUAUGAAGUGAAAUAUGAAAAGACAAGUGGGAUGUCCAUCGUGAAGUGGUAUGAUAACAAGGCAGUGUUGCUGGCGUCAUCCUUCAUUGGCCCUGAACCUGUUGAGAGAUGCAGAAGGUGGUCGAAAGAGAAGAAGGAAUAUGUGGAAGUGGACAGACCCCACAUUGUCAAGGUGUACAACCACAACAUGGGAGGAGUAGACUUAGCAGACAUGUUUGCAGCUCUCUAUCGCAUUGACAUCCGCCCACGUCGUUGGUAUCUGCGCAUUUUGUACUACUUGAUUGACCUAUCACUGGUCAAUGGUUGGCUCCUCUAUCGCCGUCAUCUCACCCAGAAGCAGGAGAAGAAGUAUAUGCCACUUCUUGACUUCCGUGUUCAAGUUGCAGAUGCCCUCAUCAAGGUUGGCAAACAGGCUGACUUGAACAGUAGGAAAAGAGGACGACCGUCAUUGGAAGAUGAUCCAAUGUCCCAUCAAGCUGCCCCACCUCCAACUCCACUUCAGAGGAUCUCUGCACCAUCGGUUGAUGUCAGAUUAGACCGAUGCGAUCAUUUCCCCAUCCAUGCUGAGAAACGUGGACGAUGCAGACUGUGCAAGAAUGGCUACACGCAAAUGGCCUGCCUGAAGUGCAAAGUACUUCUGUGCUUUACAAAAGACAAAAACUGUUUCUUGGAGUACCACAUGACAAAGUGA